AUGACUCAAAGUCAAAAUCAAAAUCGGGGAGUUUUUUUCGCUCCAUUGUCACAAGAUUCGGCAAACCUGUCAACAAAGGCCAAGGAUUUCUUCCCGAAGAUCAGGCCCUGGAAUAUGGGCUCUACGCAACAACACCCAGACUGUCUGGUCCUCGGCGUGGACUUGGACCCUGUGCAACCCCCAUAUACUCUCCCCAAUUGCGAAUUUAGAGUCUUGGAUGUAAGGACCAAUUGGCAAUUCCAAGACAAAUUCGAUUUCAUCCACGUACGAAUGUUGGGCGAAUUUCCCACCCCAAUCUUCAUGACGAUGCUGGACUCCAUAUAUAAAAACUUGGUUCCCGGAGGUUGGACAGAGUUCACGGAGUGGAUAAUGUACCUCCAGUCUGCAAACCACUCUAGCAACGGCACUGCCUUCCAUAAGUGGAAUUACAACCUCCGUUCAGGCCUGCAUAAAGUGGGAAUGUCGGCCUCACAUGUUGCGAGAUACCAUGGGAAGCUAGAAGCAAAAGGCUUCACGCAGAUCACCAGGAGGAAAUAUUCCGUCCCUAUAAAUCAGUGGCCGCCAAGCGAAAAACUCCAGACUCUCGGUGGCAUGAUGUCUGAAAAUGUCCUUGCAGCGAUUGAGCCGAUGACCAUGCCAAUAUUCAUUGGUGUCUUGGAUUGGUCAGAAGAGGGGGCCCGUUCUCUCCUUAGGCAGGUUUCUAAAGACAUCAUCAACACAGCCCAACACACUUUCAUCCCAUUAAUGACUGUGUUUGCACAGAAGCCGGUUGAGAAGCCGACCUUGGCUGAUACAUUGCAUACAUAA